CUUGUAAAAUAUUUCAGUUAACAAUAAUUAAUUUAAAAACUUUUCUUCUCAAACCACAAUGUUUCAAUCCGACUCAAACUACGAUCUCAUUGUAAUUGGAGGAGGUUCUGGGGGUAUUGCCUGUGCUCGCGAAGCGAACUCCUGGGGUGCAAAGACCAUCAUUUUGGAUUAUGUUGAACCUACUCCAUGUGGCUACAAAUGGGGUUUGGGAGGAACAUGUGUCAAUGUGGGUUGCAUACCCAAAAAACAAAUGCAUAGAGCAGCCAUUUUAAAGGAAGACCUAAUCGAUGCCAAGUUCUAUGGUUGGAACAUAAUGCCAGAUAAUGAGAUCUGCCUAAACUGGGCCACUUUGAUGGAAGAAGUUCAAAAUACUAUAAAAUCUUCAAAUUGGACGUUGAAGGUGGAAUUACGUUUGAAAAAAAUCGAUUAUAUGAAUGGAAAGGCCUCAUUUGUUGAUAGAAAUACAAUUAAGGUGAAGUUACAAAAUGGUCAAGAACGUUUAGUAAGUGGUCAACAUAUAGUCAUUGCUGCUGGCAAUAGACCUGUGUAUCCGGAUAUACCCGGUGCACGGGAAUAUGGCAUAACCAGUGAUGAUUUGUUCAAUAGGAGCAGGCCUCCCGGAAAGACUCUCUUGGUGGGUGCUGGUUACAUAAGUAUGGAAUGUGCGGGGUUUCUAAGCUCUUUUGGCUAUGAUGUAACGGUUAUGGUGAGGGACAUGAUUUUACGCAACUUUGAUCAACAAAUGCGAGCCGAUAAUCGUUUUAUGGUGCAAUAUAAAAACUCCAAAACAAACUUGGAAAUAACGGAUAUUUUUGAAACUGUUAUCUGGGCCAUAGGUCGUAAACCAUUGUUGGAUUGUCUAAAUUUAACAGCUGUGGGUUUGCAAGUGGAAAAUGGCUUCAUUAUAGUUGAUGCCAAGGAGCAAACUAAUAUUCCCAAUAUAUAUGCCAUAGGAGAUAUAGCCAAAGGACGUCCUCAAUUAACUCCGGUGGCCAUAGCUGCUGGCAAGCUUUUGGCCCAAAGACUUUUUGCCAACAAUCAAGAGAACAUGAAUUAUCAGAAUAUUCCUACAACUCUUUUUACCCCAGUGGAGUAUGCCUUUGUGGGUAUGACUGAAGAUUUUGCCUUGCAUAAAUUUGGCAAUGAAAAUGUAGAAAUAUAUCACAGCUCAUUUUGCCCUAUGGAAUUCCAAAUGUCUGAAAAAGCGGACGAUUUGUGUUAUAUAAAAAUUGUAGCUAAACGUGAAGGUCGACAAGAGAUUUUGGGUUUACAUUUCUUUGGUCCCAAUGCAGGAGAAGUUAUUCAGGGGUUUGCGGUGGCCAUGAAUUGUGGAUUAACUGUGACGCAGCUAUUCAACACUGUGGGUGUAAAUGUCACCAAUGCCCAGGAGAUGACGAAAGCUUUUGUUACUAAGCGAUCGGCUUUGAAUCCAGUGAAAAUAUUUAAUUGUGAUUAAAUUUCUUAAAAACAGACAUUAAAAAAAAAUUUAUUUUUUCGCAACAA